AUGAAUACCUGUCUUUGCAUUGAGUGUAAAUUUUGUGAUAACAGGGUAAAUCGAGUAGUCAGUCUUUUCUUCUACAGUAUUUUCUGCCUAUGUUUCUUUUUUCUCCCUUAUGCUCAAGCUACGAACGAUGUCGGCUUGGCGGACAGCAAUGUGACGUGUUCCCUGCAGUCUCAGCGCGGCGACCAUGACAUGAAGUUGAGCGAUUCGUUGCUGAGCAACUUCUCGCGCACAUCCGUUCUAUUCGUCUCGGUGUCGUUCAUCAUCUUGAUGGUCAUCUCUUUGGCGUGGUUAGUCUUCUACUACGUCCAGCGGUUCCGCUAUGCCCACGCCAAGGACCGUUUGGCGAGGCGCCUUUUCAACGCCGCCAAGAAAGCCCUCGCCAAGACCCCUGCCAAAACUCUUCGCCUGGGCGACAAGGAACUGAACAACGAUUGUCCCGUGUGCAUCGAGCCGUACCACCCAGGCGACGCUGUGAGGGUUCUCAUCUGCAAGCACGUCUUUCAUAAGACAUGCGUUGACCCUUGGCUGCUGCAGCACCGAACAUGUCCAAUGUGCAAGAUGGACUUUCUUAAGGCCUUCGGAUAUGCUGUACGAAUUUUCGUUAACUUGUUGGAACGAUUUAAGUGCACCGCUGUUCCGUGGUGUUUUAUCAUCUGCAGUGCAUGGUCUAAACGCAGAACAGCAUCACUUUGUCGCAUUGAAAAAGAACACGUUGCAACACCACUGAACCGUAGGGAUAUAUUAUAG